GAUCCUCCGUAAAGCGGCAGCUAAUGGGUUUAAAUGCGGCGCUGCGGCUUCUGGUGACCUCUGUCUGCCGCAAGGGAGAAGGGCUCGGCACCGGACUGAAGCCACUGACGGCAUGCAGCCAUCCCGACAACCUCGUGGACACCGUGUUACCGUGACAGCCGCCCGGGAUACAUCGUGAAGCAGCUUCUCUCCACCGGGAACCAACCGUCUAUCGGCAGCGCUCCGUCCCGGACGAUGCCUUCCAGCCGCACCCUGACCGUCCGCUGCUCACCGCUGCUUUAGCCGUUAGCUCGUCCUGCCGCCGUGUUGUUGUUGUUGUUAGCGUCGGCUAGCCGACUCUUUUAUUUAUUUAUUUAGUUUUUUAUUAGCACACAAGCUAGCAGCUAAUGUCUUUAAGCGGCUGCGAGAGUCUCCACCACCGCCACGACCACGGGCUCCCUUCGGUCGUGUGAUGGAAGGACGCGGGGAACGAUGCUGAGAAUCCUCCAGAUCCUCCUGACAGGGGCUCUGUGGGAUGGAGUCACUGCCUUAGGGGCGGUCAGACUAGCAGAUGGGGAUAACAAGUGUUCGGGCAGAGUGGAGGUUCUCCGCCACGACCAGUGGGGGACUGUCUGCGACCAAGCCUGGGACCUCCGGGAGGCCGACGUGGUGUGCCUGGAGCUGGGCUGCGGUUUAGCUGAAUCUGCCCUUCACGGCGCAGCUUUCGGCCCAGGCAAAGGGGAGAUCUGGCUGCGUCACGUCCAGUGCUCCGGACACGAGUCCAGUUUGACCCGAUGCGCCGUCGUCCUCCAGACAAACUCCUACUGCACCCACGAGGAUGAUGCAGGCGUGAAAUGCUCAGGUACUCUCCUAACACCCACCCUCACCCUGCUGUCACCUCACACUGUGUUCUCUCCCGGGGAGGCUGUUCGCUUCGGCUGCAGCGCUCUGCUGGGCCACCACCUCAGCGACUUCCACCUGUACAAGCACGGAGUGUCCACACCGCUGGUCACACAGCGGGCGGACCAGGCCCAGACCAGAGUGGAGCUCACGCUGUCCGACAUCGAGACUUUCCACCAGGGCAGCUACAGCUGUCGCUACAGGAUCAAGGGCGGCUUUCCGUCUCAGCUGCUCAGCUCUCCGCCCAGCAACUCCAUCAACAUCACUGUGGUUGAGCUCUUAACUCCCCAACACUGGUACAACACAUCCACUGAGGCCCCGGCUGGUUCCGUCAUUAAAGGCCACAGUUUUAACAUCACCUGCUCCACCCCUCAGCAGUAUCCGGGAGGUUCUUUCCAGCUGCGUCUGAUUCGCUCCAACGGCACCGUGCGCCAGUCUCUGCCCGCCCUGACGCCGUCUGUCACCUUCACCUUCCCCAGCGCCCAGAGCUCCAACGAGGGCUACUACUACUGCCUGUACCGGGUCCAGCUGGGCGGACGCACCUUCGUCUCCAGAGAGAGCCAGCCCCUGCCUAUAGCCAUCAGAGACCCUGAUCCAGUACUCAGUCCGAUGGUGAUCAGCUGGCUUGUGUCCGGCCUGACGUUUGUUGUAGCCGUCGUCAUUAUAAUCGUUGUGGCCAAGGUGCUGUGUAACAAGGAGAAGAAACCCUCUGAACUGGAGCGAGAGACCAGAACCUGUGUGGACAACACUUAUGUCGCCUUAUCGAUUAACAAGCUAUGAUGGGGGACGCAGGCAACACAUACAUAGAAGUAUUGCAGCAGAAUCACAAGUGAGUGGACAGUCAGACAGUCUGGUGUGUGUCCUUCAUGGAUCCAGAUGGCAGGAGCUGUAACAGAACCAGACGGUCGGGUUCAUCGUCCACCUCGCCGCUGGAACCGCUUCAGGACAGCCUCGAUGAGUCGACGCCACCACAGACUAAGACUGCAUUGCAAUAUUCUUUCAUACCAAACUUCAGGCUAGUUCCUGCUGGAGAACAGUGGACAUCGUCGGCUGACUAGCCCUGUAUCGAGGUGAGACGUAAACAGCCACAGACUGACAGACGGUAGAAGCUGUCGUUAGCUUCUGGUGGUCAAUGGUCAAAGCUAGACGUCACUCACACCGGGCUACUGCUGCGACCAGUGGAAGCUCUAAUGGGGAAACUGUGACAUGGGUUCCUCAGGUCUCUGUGUAAACGCAGUUUAAUAACAUUGUUUUGUAUUUAUUAACAAGCAACACUAAUAACAAGCUCCACUAGCUACUUAUAUACUCGCCCACAGAUCAACCAUCCUUAAAGGAUUAGAGGACAUUUUUAUAUUUCCAGUCGAACACUGCUAUGCAUCGUACUUCAUUAACAGUAUGUCCAUUAAUGCACUAAAGUGUGUAAGUAGAAGCUGUAGUUGAUUAAAAUGCUGCUCUUGUUGGA